UCCAUAAAAGUAAAUGCCAGCAAGAAAUCAAAUUUUUGCUUCUGCUCUUUUCACUCCAAAAUUCCUUACUCUUAAUCUCAUCCUUCGCACAUUCCUCUGUUUUCUCGCAACGUUUCAGAUUCUUUUCUUCUUUUACUAUUUGUUCAUUAACUGUCGCUCCUUUAAUCUUCGACGGAGAUUUUAUUCAGUCAAACGUUCAUCAAGAAAAAGGUUUAUUCCAUAAAUGAGAUGCUUGGAUAGAAUAUAUUGAUCCAAUAAGAAAGAGAUGAAAGAAGAGUCAUCGGGGUUGAUAAUUGGAAUAUCAAUUGGGGUGGUGAUCGGUGUGGCUUUGGCCAUAUUUGCAUUCUUUUGCUUUAGGUACCAUAGGAAGCGCUCGCAGAUUGGAAAUAGCAGUUCUAGGAGAACUGCGACUAUCCCAAUCCGUGCAAAUGGGGCUGAUUCUUGUACAAUAAUGUCAGACUCAUCUUUUGGGACCGAGUCUCCCAGGCCAAGUAAUCAGAAUGGCAUGUCAUUGUGGCUUGGGGGACUAAAGAAGGCCAAUGUUGUUUCUGCAUCUGGGAUACUGGAAUACUGUUACAAGGACCUGCAAAAAGCAACCUAUAAUUUUACCACAUUAAUAGGUCAAGGGGCAUUUGGUCCUGUUUACAAAGCUCAGAUGUCAACUGGUGAGACUGUUGCUGUAAAAGUGCUUGCAACUGAUUCUAAGCAGGGGGAGAAAGAGUUCCAAACAGAGGUUAUGUUAUUAGGAAGGUUACAUCACAGAAACCUUGUGAAUUUGGUUGGAUAUUGUGCAGAGAGGAACAAACAUAUGCUUAUAUAUGUCUUCAUGAGCAGAGGAAGUCUGGCAUCUCAUUUGUACAAUGAAAAUCUUGAACCAUUGAACUGGGAGAAUAGGGUUCAAGUAGCUCUUGAUGUGUCUAGGGGCUUGGAAUAUCUUCAUGAUGGGGCAGUUCCUCCUGUAAUACAUCGAGACAUCAAAUCAUCCAAUAUUUUGUUGGAUCAGUCUAUGAGAGCCCGGGUGGCUGAUUUUGGGCUUUCAAGGGAAGAGAUGGUUAACAAACAUGCAUCCAAUAUUCGGGGAACGUUUGGAUAUUUGGAUCCUGAAUACAUAUCAACACGCUCAUUUACGAAGAAAAGUGAUGUUUAUAGUUAUGGUGUGUUGCUAUUUGAACUUAUUGCGGGAAGAAAUCCACUCCAGGGUCUCAUGGAGUACGUUGAACUAGCAGCCAUGAAUACUGAAGGGAAAGUUGGAUGGGAAGAAAUUGUCGAUCCUCGUCUUGAUGGGAAAUUCGAUGUCCAAGAACUCAAUGAGGUGGCUUCUCUUGCCUAUAAAUGUGUCAACCGUAUCCCAAGAAAGCGGCCAUCUAUGAGGGACAUUGUGCAGGUGCUAUCUCGGAUUCUUAAAUCUAGACACGAUAGGAAACAUCAAAAAGAUUCAUCGAAUACCAGAGCAGAUGAGGUAUCUAUCAACAUGGACCAAUUAGAAAAUCAGAGUCCAAUUCUUGAACACCGUCGAGUAGAAUCUGUGGACAGUACAACUGAUUCAGUUGAUGUUUAAAUGAUAGUUUUUUCAAUUUUUUUUCAAUUUUU